UUUGUCUACUUUCGUUUCGUAUUCCAGGUAGGAGUAUCGCCAUUAUGUUCACAGGUUAAGAGACAGGCGUACAGUUACUUAACUGUGGUUCCUACGAUGGAAGAGGAUAAUCAGCUUCUAGGUUUAGAACUGUCAGACAGCGGACUUGAUGAACUAGAGGAGCUGUAUUUGACAUGUUCCCGAUGUCGUGGGGACUUUAUGGACGGGGAUAUGCUGCUUGCCCACCUUCUACCUUGUCUCCAUACCAUCUGUAGCAGGUGCUUGGAUGAUUUACCUCAGGAGCAGGCCAAGCAGAUAGAGUGUGACGUAUGUAAGGAAAAAAUUGACGUCAAGACAGAUGAUGACGUCAAGAAAUCAUUUCCGCUAGACAAUACACGUCGUGAUCUGAAGGACUUUCUAUGCAUGAAGAAGGGUGCCGAUUGCAUCUCUUGUAAUGAUGAUAUCAACAUAGCUUCCACAAGAUGUGUUUCUUGCGCUGAAUUUCUGUGUGAUGCAUGUACCGUUGCGCACAGAAGAACGACCAUGACUCGAAACCAUGAACUCAAAGAUAUCUCUCAACUCAGAAAUACAAAUGAAUUGGAUGCUUUUCACAGACCACUGAAAUGUCCUUUGCAUGGUGAUCGUGGUGAAGAAACUAAUCUUACUGUCUACUGCGACAAAGAGACCUGCCAGAAACCAAUAUGUCUUGUUUGUGCACUCAUCACUUGCAAACCAUCAAAAGGUCACACGCAUCUCGAUUUAAAAGAAACAACUGCUGCAAAGAAAUUUGACAUGGAAGAAAGCAUGAGGCAACUCCAAAACACUCAACAAGAAAUUCAACCAGUAAAAACACUCGUGAAAAAUGAGAUUGAGGACAUUAAUGAACUAGAGGGUACAAUACAGGAUGACAUCGAUUUUACUAUUGACCAGAUGAUCAACAUUUUAGAACAGAAACGUUUGGAACUGAAGUGUGACCUGAGGAAAAGGAUGGAAGACAAACGGAAGACACUUGAAGAUCAGGACAUAUUUCUGUCUGAAAAAGAAGAGAACAUUUCCCAUGCCCUUAAAUUUGCAGAACAAGCCCUUCGUUCAACAAACGAUGCAGCAUUUUCACAAAUAGACAAGAUAGUCAUGAAUCGCCUAUAUCAGUUGCAACAUGACCCUUUUGACAGGGUACCCCAUGAACGCGCAUUUGUUACUCUCGAAAAGUCUAAAGCCAUGUCGGAAUUACAGCAGAUGCUCACCGAAAACUUAACGAUUUGGUCCUCCUCUAUUUUCUCGCCUUACACGACGAUUGAACUUUCAGGAGAGGCCAGGGAAAACAGUCUGACGCGGUUAUCGGUUCACCUCAGAGACUACCGGAACCAAUCAGUGAACAGCAGUGAUAAUGAGAAUCUGAGGAUAUGUGUUGCAGAUCCUUCAGGAAGGAAAAUCACACUCACACCGAAACAGGAAAGUAAGUCUGCUGCUGGUGUUCUGGUUGUUUCCUAUGUACCGUUCACUUCCGGUAAAUUCGAACUGUCCGUAGAAGUGAUGGGGAAAGACGUGAGUCGUUUGGUUUUUGACGUGGAUCCAGACGACUCUCAUUCACGGCGGCUUUGCGAAGCUGGUUUGAAUUCCAUCAUGAACAGAGAUGCAUGCAGACCAAAUUUCACCUUUGACAAGGGCAGGGCACAUCCGGAUGUUAUGGUUUCAGAUGAAGGAAAGACAUUCCAGAAUAUUUCAUCAAAUUUUGCAAAAGAACCCAUGUCCAAUACACGAUUCAAACGUUAUAAGGGUACUUGCGGAUCGAUGUCAUUUAAGAAGAAUGACAUUUAUUUCUAUGAGAUCGAUGUUCGGUUUUGGCUGAGAAAAGUGCUAAACCAUACAGAUCUUGCAUUUGAAAUUGGCCUCGCUUUGGAAUCAUCGAUUGACAACAAACAUCACGUGGAAGGUCAGCCUUCUUGUUGGUCUCUGAUUGGCUCCCAUAACCCGGAUGGUGACGCAAUCUGCAUCACAGUUGCGCACAGGGGUCGUUCUGUACUUCACCAGAAGAUUUCAGACAACGCUGUUGAUACCGUUUUUCAGAAGACAUAUGGGUUUUUAGUUGACAUGAGAAAGGGUCUUUGGCAAAUUUUUGACAACAACCAGUUGUUAUGUACCGUCGAUAUAGACACCGAAAAUGCAUUAUUCCCGGUCGUUGCAGGCUAUAACCACUCUCGAGUAGCACUGAAUAUGACGCUGAAGUACUGAUUAAAUUCCCGGAUUUUUAAUGAAAAAUAAGACUUUAUGUAAGGGAUGCAAAACGAAGAUAUCUGGUAUAACGGGUAAGGGACGGGUACGAGCUGCACCAAGUGUGAGUUAUACCUAUAUAUCUGAAAUAAUGCAUCUUGCUUAAAAUUUCUUUAGGAGGAGUGAACCGUUUUUAUUUUGUUAAAUUGAAUCAUAUUCCAUUUCUUGCUAUGGCAACUGUACACAUGCCUUAAUAAUAUGCACAUUGUUUUAAGUUGCUGUUUUGUUUGUUUGUUGUUGUUUACAAUGAUAUUUCACAACAUGAUUUUGUUAUUUUAUUAAUUACCGUGUAUACAAUGUAUGAAGGGAGAAUGUAUUGCAUUUUCCUUGAUGAUCAAUUCUUUGUCCUUUUACUAAAUAUUAUUUAAAUUAAUAUCCAACUUGAAAAAUAUUAUGCUGAACAUUUCAAAGAUAUAUGCAUUACGUGUAUUCUUGUCUUUUAAAAUAUUUAAUUUGUUUAACAAUCAUUAGACAAUCAUUUAAUCCAUUUAAUUUGCUUCCAGAAUUGAUUGUCGUGAAAUUUUUACUCUACUUGUAAUUUCAAAACAUUAAUCAACAUAGUCAUUACCAAAUUAAGUGUGUGCAUUUCUGAUAGCGCUUUAAUAUGUUUAUGUAAUUUCUAUUUUAUUAAUUGAAAUCAUUUGAAAUGUACUCAAUACUUGUUUUAGUUUCACAUUAUGCAUUUCAAAUAUCAGGUCACCCGAUUAAAAGAUGCUGAAAUAAUGUCUGGAACAAAACUUUCUAAGAUUGCAGAAACCGAGAGAUCUGAAUCUCUGCCAAUCUUUAAACGAAAUGUAGAAAAGUAUAUCUUCAACAGCAGAAAUUUAUUACUGUGAAUAAUGUAUAUCUUUUGCACUUGUAUAUAAUUAUACAAUGUUAAAUCUUACUCAUGUGACAUUAUAUUACUUUUUAUGUCAUAUGAAUAUAUUUGUUUAUUAUUAGAAUUUUAUUAUGAUU